GCCGGAGUGUCCGGCGGAGGGGGCGGCGCCCUCGGCGUCUCCGUUCCUGCGCCUCCGCGCCCCGGCUCGCCGCGGCUCCCGGGACGCGCGGAGGCGGCGGCGAUGGCGAUGAUGCCUCUAGCCCUGCAUCCUCCCGGGCGGCGGGCGGAGCUGGGGUCCGGGCUGCGAGAUGGAGGAGGAGGGGUGGCGCUGCGGCCACCGGGCAGGCUUUUCUGCCUUGGGCCUCUUUUGUCAGAUAUCGCUCAUCUGUGAGUUGAGGCCCUGACUCCCUUCCCACAGAAGGAAGAGUCAUCUCUCUUUGAAGAUGAACUCAACGGACCACCUUCAGGAUGCCCCCAACACCACCCUGCUACGUGUGCCUCACUCCCAGGGAGGAAACAGCACUGCUCUCCAGGAGGACCUGCAGGACCUCAUCCACACGGCCACCUUGGUGACCUGCACCUUCCUGCUCGCAAUCAUCUUCUUCCUGGGCUCUUACGGCAACUUCAUUGUCUUCUUGUCCUUCUUUGACCCGGCCUUCAGGAAAUUCAGAACCAACUUUGAUUUCAUGAUCCUGAACCUGUCCUUCUGUGACCUCUUCAUUUGUGGCGUGACGGCCCCCAUGUUCACCUUCGUGUUGUUCUUCAGCUCAGCCAGCGGCAUACCGGAUGCUUUCUGCUUCACCUUCCACCUCACCAGCUCCGGCUUCAUCAUCAUGUCCCUCAAGACGGUGGCGGUGAUCGCCCUGCAUCGGCUCCACAUGGUGCUGGGGAAGCAGCCGAACCGCACAGCCUCCUUUCCCUGCACCUUGCUCCUCACUCUGCUCCUCUGGGCCACCAGUUUCACCCUCGCCACCUUGGCCACCCUGAAAACCAGCAAGUCCCACCUCUGCCUUCCCAUGUCCAGUCUGAUGGCUGGAGAAGGGAAAGCCAUCCUGUCUCUCUAUGUGGUGGACUUCACCUUCUGUGUUGCCGUGGUCUCUGUGUCUUACAUCAUGAUUGCUCAGACCCUGCGGAAAAAUGCUCAAGUCAGAAAGUGCCCCCCUGUCAUCACAGUUGAUGCUUCCAGACCACAGCCUUUCAUGGGGGCCCCUGGGAAGGGAGGUGGAGAUCCCAUCCAGUGUACCAUGCCAGCUCUGUACAGGAACCAGAAUUACAACAAGCUGCAGCAUGUCCAGACCCACGGAUACACCAAGAGCCCCAGCCAGCUGCCAACCCCAGCGGCCAGCCGGCUCCGGCUGGUGUCGGCUGUCAAUCUCUCCACGGCUAAGGAUUCCAAGGCGGUAGUCACCUGUGUGAUCAUUGUGCUGUCGGUCCUGGUGUGCUGUCUUCCACUGGGGAUCUCCUUGGUGCAGGUGGUUCUGUCCAGCAAUGGAAGCUUCAUCCUUUACCAGUUUGAACUGUUUGGUUUUACGCUUAUAUUUUUCAAGUCAGGAUUAAACCCUUUUAUAUAUUCGCGGAACAGUGCAGGGCUGAGAAGGAAAGUGCUAUGGUGCCUCCAGUACAUAGGCCUGGGUUUCUUCUGCUGCAAACAGAAGACUCGACUUCGAGCCAUGGGGAAAGGGAGCCUCGAAGUCAACAGAAACAAAUCCUCCCAUCAUGAAACAAACUCUGCCUACAUGUUGUCUCCGAAGCCUCAGAAGAAAUUUGUGGACCAGGCCUGCGGCCCAAGUCCUUCGAAGGAAAGUGUGGUCAGUCCCAAGAUGUCUGCUGGACAUCAACACUACGGUCAGAGCAGCUCGACCCCCAUCAACACUCGCAUUGAGCCGUACUACAGUAUCUAUAACAGCAGCCCGUCCCAGGAAGAAAGUAUCCCACGUAGCUUACAGCCAGUAACCUCUUUUGGAUUUGCCACUUCAUAUAUUGCCAUGCAUUAUCACACCACUAAUGAUUUAAUGCAAGAAUAUGACAGUACUUCAGCCAAGCAGAUUCCAGUCCCCUCUGUUUAGAGUCAUGGAGGCUAGAGAAUCUUGUGGAUAAUGUUUUUUGUUUCUGAUACUAAUUGAUUUUUUAAAAUUUUGUGAGACCAGAGGUACAUCAAAACUUAAAGACCUCGACAGUGGACACUAAUGACUUUAUUUUGUCUGAAGCAUUAGCAUCUAUUGAUUAGCUUUGCAGUUUCUUGACAUUUUAAGAGUUGAUGUAAAUGUUUGUUAUUUUACACCUGACCUGUGCUCCAAUCUUUUGUACUAAACUUUUAAAUAGAUGCCAGGGAGUGAUCCUGCUACUGUGUUAAAGUAGGGAAUGAACUGAUUAUGGUCAAUGUUAUGGUUCUUUGAAGUAAGUCUGAGCUGGAUUUUUUAAAGAAUGUGAAGGUAUCAUCUUUACUGAGGCAUUAUUUUUAUUAACUGCAUUAUAAAUUUUGAUUCUUUGAAGUGUUGAAAUGGAAUCAAUAUACUUUUUUGGUAGCAGGCUUAUUGGAGUAAAUAAUACAUUGUUAAAGCAAAAAAUCGGAAAUAUAUUAUCUAUAACCAUCUUUACCAAAAAUACACAAGCAUUAGUUAGUUUCUUUUCAUAAGACAGUCAACUAAGAGUAUGACGAUGAUUACUGUUUCUAAUUAUAGACAUUAUUACUUCAUGUCAGCUGAAUAGCUGUAUAGUUCUUUUAAAAAGAAAUCUGUUUUUGCUUGCUAAAAAAUGAAUUAUUCUAUUUCAGAAUGAUCUUACCCAAGAAACCUAGUGAAGAGGACUGCAUCUGUGGUAGAGGGAUGCUCUUCCUGGGAGAGUAGGCACUAGCUGUGGUCAUCUCAUCAGCGUGCUGUUAUGUGGGAAGCAGGCUAGACUGUUGUAUGUGUUACAUGACCUUUAAUGAUUGUCUAAGAAGGUAUAAGAAUGAGAUGGGGGUGUUUUGAUUUAUGUUUUCCUUCUGUGUGAGAAUGAUUUGUUAAUAACCUGACAAAGUAGAUACUAAAAGUAACUAUUUAGAUUUUUUUUUUUUGGUCUUUGUUUAUAUAUUACUAUGGUAGAAAAAUUCUUAGGAUGAUCUGUGUUCAGACUAAUUGUGUUUUUUAUCUCCUAUGAAUCUUAAACUGGAAAUGGGCAAUAAGGCAUAAUAGAUUAAGUAUUUCUACAGUUAAAAAACAUUUUAUUAUACGCUCUGUGAUUCCUAGUGUAACAACUGUUAACUUAUAUUUUUAUGUAAAAAUGUUUUCAUUAUACAGUUGGCAUUUGAAUUCAAUACAACUUUAGAACUGUAACUUCUAGACAAGAUGAGCAUCAAGAUACAAAACCUACCUUUAUAAAUUGUUAUAUUCAAAAACUGCUAUUGCAGAUUGGAAGGCACUUUGUCCCUUUGAAUGAAAGGUGUUCAGUUUAUAGCACCCUAUCCCGUGCUGUGCAAACACAGAGGUCAUGAGAAGCAUGGAGAAGACAGUUGAUACUCAGGUGGAACUCUGCUCAGUCUCAUCUAAUAACUCUUACCUUCCGGUAUCAACCAGUCAUUUCUAAUUCCGAGGUUAAAGUAUGAGAUACGGAUUUUAUUUUGUUUUGAAAUAAGAGAGUCCUUUUAGGGCUGUCUCCCUUCUUUCCUUCUCUCCCCUUUGUCCUUUAUUUUUGCUAUUAAAUUUUAUAACAGAAGAGAAAAUAUCCACUCUCACACAUUGUUGUUUUUUUUUUUUUGGUAAUGGAAUGCUAUUUUUGGAAGUCACUAUAACCUAUUUCAACUGUGCUUUUAUAUUUUUAAUACAACACUGUUUUCAUUUAUUAAUACUUCCAUGGGAUAGGUUCAUAUAUUACCUCUUUUUAACAAAGAAUUAAGAAAUCUAAUAUCCUCUCCCAAGAUCAUUUGAAGAAUUGUGGCAAAUUAGGAAUUAGGCUUUUGUCUAAAUUCAGAACCUGGUAUUUAUUUCAAUAAGCCAAACAGCUUUAUAAGUAGUAAUAUUAAUCAUGAAGCUAUUUCAUACUUUUUAAGGUAUGAAUCUCUUUUUUGGUCAGGCAUUUCAAGUGUGACAAUAAAAGAUUUUUAAAAAGUAAUUUCUACAUGUAAAACUAAAAAUGACAAGUUUCCUUUGUGACAUUUGAGUUUGAGAUGAUUUGACCCAUCUUUGGGAGGUAAAAAUUAUAGCAUAAAGAAAACUAAGCGUGUGCAUAUGAGGUAUUCAGUCUCUUUAUGCUCAUAAAGGAAUUAUUGAUUUAACUUGCAUGAAAUACAUAGUGGGCUAGAUUCUUAGCCUUCCUGUAUCUUCAUAUCUCUGUAUCUAUAUCUAUAUGUAGAUAUAUGUAGAUAUAGAUACAGAGAUAGAUAUAUGUAACUUGUCUCUUCAUAAGUUAUAUAUGUCUAUCUAUAGCUAUGUCUAUAUGGAGAUAAAGAUAUAAAUAGACAUAUAUAACUUCUCCAUAAGGGCUAAAAUGAGAACUUUUAUAAAAGUAAUGAGAAUCCAGUUGAAUAUGACUAAUUAGCAGGGUAUAUUAAUUAGUUCUCUUGAUGUUUUACUGUGAUGCGAAGUAUGUGAUGUAUUCAAACAUUUUAUAAUUGUUCUGAUGUUAACCAUUAGGCCAUAUUUGU